GUCAUGAGAUCAGCUGUGUCCAAUCACAGCUGAUCACAUGUAAACACGGAAAUGCCGGUUAUCAGCAUUUCUCUCCUCUUGAGCUGUCACACUGACAGCUCGAGAGGCACUGAUGAUCAGUGUGCCCUCAUGAUCAGUGUGGCCCCAGAAGUGCCACCUGUCAGUGUCCAUCAGUGCCAGCAGUCAGUGCUCAUCAGUGCCACGUGCCAGUGCCCAUCAGUGCCACAUCAGUGCCACAUAUCAGUGCAUACCAGUGCACAUCAAUGCCACAUAUCUGUGCCCAUCUGAGCUGCCUUUCAAUGUCACCCAUCAGUGCCAGUCAGUGCCACCUAUCAAUGCCAAUCAGUG